AUGAGGCACGUCACGGCGUACCUGAUGCUGUUUCUACCUCAAGGUUUCGCUCUCUACAGCACGUCUGCAGCAUACAAAGACGAAGUAUUUACGGGGAACAGUACUCAAAACACUCAGGAAGAUGCGCAAACUCGGUAA